CUCAUCUUUGCUCAUACACGAGACAACAAUUGCAAUUGCAAUAUUGACAAUCUUAAAAUCAAUUCAACAAUCGUCCAAAUAACAAAUCCUUAUUACCUAAAUUAACUAGAAUCCUCAUACUUCAGUCGUUGGGGAGAGCCUACAGCAUAAUAAACGAAUGCGCGUUUGAACACGUUUCAAACAUUUGAUUUCGGGUGGUGGCUGAAGGGGACGACACACGACUACAUCAUCUUAUGUCAGAACUACCUCGAAUAGAUAUUCUAUAACCUCCCCCAAUACUGUAAAUGGUGUCGAUACUGCGAAUUUAUACUAGGAAACGGGCAAUAUUUGUAUGAACAGAAAAAGUUUAUGGCUUACCACUUGCUUCAACAUUCACGGACACUCCGUGUAAGCCAUAUCGGAGGCCUUUACCAAUUGGCAUAUCAUUGGAGAAUAUCAUUCGCCUAAUAGUCCGCCCAAUGGUACUUAAGGCUCAGGUCAAAGUUAAAUUGAUUGGUUCGUCAAAUUAUCGCAGUUUCGUAAGAUGGAUAACAGGUCUUCAAAGCCGUCUGGGACGGCUGGAAAGGGAAGGAUAAAAAGAGAUAAUCGUAUUUCUUACGAUGGUUCAGACCUCGACGAAAGUGCGGCUGAAAUGAGGCACCGCACAAAGGGGAAUGAUGCGCAUCAUCAUGAUAGCCCGACCAACGGCAAUGCCAAUGGUUCGAAGCCGCGCCUUUCGGAAUGGUCUGAUCCUAGCGCUCGAAACGACGAAGAUUAUGAAGAAGGUGAAGAGUUUGAACACCUACUAGAUCCUAACCAUCCCGACGGGCAUCUCGAUGGGGAGGAGGCUAUAGAACUUCGCAGAAUGGAUUCUCAGAGCUUGGAAUCUUUCGACGAUGAAACCUCAUCUAAGGCAGGCGAAGAGAACUCGCCAUAUGAAGAAGUCAGAGCCACGGUCCCUAACUACGAUGAGGAUCUUCCUUGUAACACUCUUCGAGCCUGGACGAUCGGCUUAACUUUGGUGCUCAUCGGCGCUUCAACGAAUACUCUAUUCUCCUUAAGACAGCCCUCAAUCGGUCUAGGGACUCUCAUCGCUCAGAUCAUCGCCUGGCCUCUUGGCCGUGGUUGGGAGAAAGUAAUACCAAACCGGCAAAUCAAGAUCUUCGGGCUAAGAUGUGAUCUGAACCCUGGGCCCUUUAACAUCAAAGAACACUCGAUCAUCGUCGUCAUGGCAGGCGUUUCUUUUUCCGUCGCCUACGCUACGGAUAUCAUCCUCGCCCAACUUGUAUUUUAUAAACAGAAUUUUGGCAUUAUAUUUCAACUUGUAUUAGUAGUCUCAACGCAGUCUUUGGGAUACGGGAUCGCAGGCAUGAUGAGGAAAUUUCUAGUUUACCCAGCCUCCAUGAUCUGGCCUGGUAACCUAGUUGCUGUCGCCCUGAUGAGCGCGAUGUAUGAAAAACAUCAAGCUCCAGACCCCUCGAUUAUCGGUGGGCGUAUGCCGAGAUAUAGAUGGUUCGGCAUUGUAACACUUGUUUCUGCUCUGUAUUAUUUCAUCCCCGGUUACUUCGUUCAAUGUCUAAGUGUAUUUGCUUUUGCAACAUGGAUGGCACCCCAAAACGUAGUAGUGAAUCAGUUAUUUGGCGGUAAUACUGGUAUUUCAUUACUACCUAUUACCUUCGACUGGACACAAAUUGCAGGAUACAUCGGGUCGCCUCUGAUCCCUCCAUGGAACGCUAUCGCCAACACAACUAUUGGCGUCGUGCUAUUCUAUAUCGUACUCACUACAUUGUUCCAUUAUACAGGCGUAUGGUACUCUCAAUUCUUACCUAUGAGCGACUCUUCUACGUACGACAAUACUGGUGCGAUAUAUGACGUAAAGAGGAUAUUGACUCCUGAGUUCACCUUGGACGAGGAAGCAUACAAGGCGUACUCUCCUGUUUUCAUCAGCACUACAUUCGCGUUAUCAUAUGGCCUAUCAUUUGCAGCCAUCACCGCCUUAAUAGUUUACACAUAUCUUCAUCAUCGCAAGACUAUUUGGGCUCAAUAUAGAAAUAGCACGAACGAAAAACCUGACAUACAUAUGAAACUAAUGCAAAAAUAUAAGGAGGCGCCAUCGUCGUGGUAUUUUACUCUGUUCGCAAUUGUACUGGCGCUCGGCUUUUUUUCAGUUCUAGCGUACCCAACCAAUCUGACUUGGUGGGCUUUUUUGCUUGCCGUGGCUAUCUCUUUCGCGUUCUCCUUGCCAAUCGGCAUCAUCCAGGCUGUCACGAACCAUCAGAUUGGUCUAAAUGUCUUGACUGAGUUCGUUUAUGGUUAUAUUCAGCCCGGUCGGCCACUUGCCCUUAUGUUGUUCAAGACGUACGGAUACAUCACGAUGUCGCAAGCUCUGAGUUUCGUCUCUGAUCUCAAAUUCGGACAUUAUAUGAAAAUACCUCCGCGAACCAUGUUCAUGGCCCAAGUUGUGGCUACGACAUUUUCGUGUUUUAUUCAAGUCGCGGUUCUCAACUUUGCGCUUAAUCAUAUCGAUGGGGUUUGCGACUUGACACAGCCUCAGCGCUUCACAUGCCCUGGAGGUCGAGUUUUCUUCUCAGCGUCCGUCAUAUGGGGUCUCAUAGGGCCUUCCCGUGUCUUCUCCCCGGGAGAAAUCUACUCCGGACUUUUAAUCUUCUUCGUCAUCGGCGCUGCCGCUCCUAUUGCCAUCUGGUACGCGGCGAAGCGGUGGCCCCACUCACCUGCCAAACACCUUAUGGCGCCGCUGAUUUUCGGAGGCCCCGCUUACAUCCCGCCGGCUACACCAUUGAACUACCUAUCCUGGGGUCUGGUGGGCUAUGUAUUUCAAUACUUGGUCAAGAAACGCCAUUUCAGAUGGUGGAGCCGCCUGAAUUACCUUACUUCUGCCGGCCUCGACCUGGGCCUUGCGCUGGCAACGCUAAUUAUAUUUUUCGUCUUUACUCUAAACGAGAUCGAAGCCCCAAGGUGGUGGGGCAACGAUGUCGUUACGUCUACACUAGAUUACCAAGGCAAGGCCAUCCAAGUCGUGGUCCCGCCAGGCGAGACCUUUGGACCGAAGGCUUGGUAAAGGGUGAGGUUGGUUACUAUCAUACAGAAGUGGCGCAUGUAUAACUACCUAGCUAGAUGCUUAGAAGUCUAUAGUAGACUAGACAGAUUUUUUAAGGCCAGAUCCAUAUCUCGUUAGAAUGGGGUGUGUGUUGGACAGCGGAUUGUGUGGGCGCUGAUAUACAAAUAUAAUUCGUUACUAUGC